ACAAGUGAGCACAGCAUUGGCGCUAGCUUUUAAAAUUGAUAUUUAUAAAUAGUGCUUGUAAGUUUGUAUAUAAAGGCAGGGUUAUCUGAACAUUUAAAUUAAUCAAAUGGCAUCUGAGAAUCAGUCGCAUUUGAAUGAUCUUAUACAGGAAGUCACAACUCUCUUAACAGAUUGCAAGGAAGAGGGCGAGAUGAUUUUGGAUCGCAAAGCAACCUGGGAAGAAGAAGAUACAAGGUACAGGAAAAUGCAGGAAGAUAUAAAGAUUGAAAUAGAGCGUCUCCUGUCCGUUAACAAUAAUUGGAAUGAAAAAAUAUCGGGCGAUGCCAACCCCGAUAAAAUAGAUGACUCAACACUGCAGGAAGAAUUAAAACAUGUGCAGGAGGAUAAAAAAGUUGCUAGCAAGAAAUUCCAAGAUGUCAGUUCGUCAUUGAAGCAGGCACAGGAAGAAUUGGAGCACAUCAGGAUAGAGACAGAAAAGAUAAAAUCCCAGAUUAGGGAUGAUAUUCCGACAAUAGUAGGCAAGAUGAAGUUGUACGAGUUAAUGACUCAGGUGAAAUGGACAACAUCUGAUACGACCGACACAACGAAAGGCUAUGUCACUGAGAAGGGUGAUAUCAAACCAUUCAGUCUUGACACAAAACAGAACUCUCAGUUCUUUAUCUCAAAUCACAUAUGGGAUCUGAUGACACCCAACUGGUAGAGGAUUUUCUGCACUGUGUGGAUGUACAAUUAUAUAUUCUUCGUGUUAAGACAUCCGACAUUUACAGUUAUUAAAUGGGAAUAAAUAGUGUUGCUCAUUUUUUUAAACCAUGUAAUAUUUUCUAGGCUUCCAUAUAACAAAUGUAUAAGUACAGAAUGUAACCAGCUAUAAAGAAUCAAUGUGCUCGUACUAAAAACUGUAACUUAAUUAUUUGCAUGUUGCAAAACAAAAACAGCAAACUGCAUUGGAUCUGCAUAUCUUUUUAUAAAUUUCUUCAAUAAAAGAAAUCUGAAAUCUGUUUACAA